GGCGGACGUGAUUCCACAGUUGAACGUCUCUUUCAAUGAAUAUCAAUAGUAUGACGGAUGUAAUUCUAAAUCGAAGACACCUUUAACGGCCGCAUUCCCAUUCGGUUACAGCAUCAGUAUCUCUUGUCUCACUCACUGUAGAGAGCUCAAGGUCAUUUCAACAGGGCAGCUCUUUCUUUGCUCUAGAAGGAGAAUGAGUUCCAUUUGCCAUCCACUUUCCCGUACAAAUCCACCCUCCUGCCAAUUCUCAAUAGUAAGAGACCACACGCUCACGGAAUCCUAUAACCGACCCCCAAAAGGAGAGGCAGCCAGAAGAAGGAAGAUCGGGAAAUUAUACAAUACAGACUAGGUACAUUGUACGCACAGUGCACACAGACGAACAUACACACGAACACACACCGACGAAAGGACUGGCAGCCAUCUACAACGCACACACAUUCACGUUCUCCCCCAUCUCCGAGAUUCUCCAUUAGUGUCAUCCUCAGGAUUCUGUGCUACUACCUACUGCCCACUACCUACUGCCGACCACCUACAGCAGUCCAUCCUUCGUUCUUCAACACCUCCCUCCCUGACAGUUCUUGCGCUCACUCGCCUGCAUACCGCAUACCGCAUACCGCAUACCACGUAGAGCACACAACCCAUACGACCUUGAGGGCCUUCAACUGCUCCUCCCCCCUGGAAGCUUGCUUCAGAUCACGAUAACAGCCAAUCUGAUCCCUCGAGCCUUCCACAAACUACCUAGUGAGCACUCUCAGACCUAUUCGCACUAAACCCUGUUCGCCAACUGCGAGCUUGUCCAACGACUUUUACGAACAUUACGACUUCUCAGCAGUAACGGGCGAGCACAAGAAGAAGCAAAAAGACUGUCUGGCAUUCCUUCCUUCUCUUCCCCCCACGCGUGAAGCCGGAUCAGCGAACAAAACGGCACUGCGUACAUAUCCUCUCGUCAUUAUUCGAUCGAUGCACGAGGCGCGAACCACACGAUAGCACCGUCGAUAUUUCCACUCGUUCGACCCGGGGGCAUCCUCUCUGCCCACUAUAACGAGCCACUACGACGCACCCAAGUUCCGGAGGUUGCAGCCCUUAAAAGAGCAAGGGAAAAAGACUGGAGAAGACGUCUUUUUGAGCACACACCCAAGCACCACCCAUCCCCAAUCACCGACCCCUUGACCAUUUCUUACCACACUCCCCCGUCCCAGACUCCCAGUAAGCAGCUUAGCACCAGAGCAAAGCGAGGAUAAAGCAAAAAGCCCAAGCAGCGAGCGCGAUUAUCAUCCUUGAAAACAUUACCAAAAGCAAGUUAGAACGAAAGGGGAGGGGAGAGAGUCAAGACACGACACAGAGCGGACCAUCCACUCAUUCCACCAGCGUUCUUCCUUGGCUGUCCAUACCCACCCGUUCUCUUGCCCAUUCCAAGUGACAUUGCUGCGACUAUUUGUGUUAUUAUUAUUAUUAUAUUAUUUAUUAUUCAUUAUUACUAUUGCUAUUGCUAUUCUUGCUGCUCUUGUUUCGUCCGUCUUCUUCGUCUUCUUCUUCUCGACCCUUGCCCCGUCAGCCAGUCCUCUUCCAAGUGCAGCAGCAGUGUGCACACCACUUUCACCCAACAUCCACAAUCCAAGUAAAAAAAGAUCCAAGGCCCCUACCACUUUUCGACCGCGCAGACCAGGUCCAAAAAGGCUCAGAUUGGAGAUUCUCAAACGACUAUUAACUCAAACAUUCCAUCUUAAACCCCCCCGUGCCUUCCUCAUCUCAAACUCGAAAAAAAAAUCUACGUCUCUCAUUCUCGUCGCAGGUCGCCCGUACACCCAACAAAAAACACAUUCUACCCCUCAGCCGCAAUCAGUCUCUUCUAUUGAUCGCAGCUUUCUCCCGAGGGUCUCUCUUCAUUUACCGACCGAACGAAACGAAGAGCGUCGCGACGAAAUAGAUCAGAUUUGUUUGUGAACAGUGUUGUUGUCGCGGCAUAUUUUCUUCCAUCUUUUCGCUCGCCGAAGCUUCUAUCAUUCACUUCCUUCAGUCGUCCGGUCGACCUUUACACACAUACACCCUUCUCUUAAUUUUACCCAGCCGCGAUUAGACGGUUUUGUUUCUUCUCUUCCUCUUCUUCUUUUUCUUCUUCUUCCUCCUUCUUAAACACAUUUGAAAAAGAAUUCGAGUCAAGUUCUUGCUGGCCUCGAACCCCUCGAACGUCAACUGCUUCAUCUGGCUUUAUCUGUACCGGAGCAGGCCCUCCAUUCGAAUAUCAACCCGCACAUUUCAUAGAACGUCCUUACGAUCUCGAUUCCAACCCAGUGCUCUGACACUCGCUUCGCUCUCCAAAUUCUCGAGGAUACUAUUGCUUCAUCAACGUCGCUGAUUUCUCAUUACUUCAAACAUUAAUCAACACGUCCCAUCUUCGGUUUCUCGUGUUUCUCAGCCUUGCGGCCUCGCCGGUGUUUCGACUCCCCACUCGAUUUAGUUGACAUCUUCUCUCCCAGACGGUUCUUGAGUCGUUGUUUCGACUCAAUUGAAUGGCGCAUAUGAUGUAUUCGCAACAUCAUGCGACGAUGGCUCCUCCACAGAAACCAGAGACCUUCAUGCUGAGCAGUGAAGCACAACAAAGUCUCCCUCAAGAUGCUCAAGUGGCACUCCAACAAGUCGAUAACUUAAAAUACUUCUUAAUAUCUGCUCCUGUUGAUUGGUCGGCGGAUCAAUACAUCAGACGAUUCCUCCUCCCAACUGGUGAAUACGUUUCCUGCGUGUUGUGGAACAACCUCUUUCAUAUUUCCGGCACCGACAUCGUGCGAUGCCUGUCUUUUCGAUUCCAAGCUUUCGGCCGACCAGUCAAGAAUUCAAAGAAAUUCGAAGAGGGUAUCUUCUCUGAUCUGCGAAACUUGAAGUCUGGAACCGAUGCCUCCCUUGAAGAGCCAAAGAGCGGUUUCCUUGACUUCCUUUACAAAAAUAAUUGCAUUAGAACACAAAAGAAGCAAAAGGUUUUCUAUUGGUAUAGUGUGCCACACGACAGAUUGUUUUUGGAUGCUCUGGAGCGAGAUUUGAAGAGAGAGAAGAUGGGACAAGAGGCUACAACCGUAGCAGUCAACGAGCCAGCUUUGUCUUUCGAAUUCGACUCAUCGCAAUCCUUGUUUGAGCAGCUCACAAAGGCUCAACAAGCCAACUCUUCAUCAUUCUCUGCCCAACAACCUUCAUACAAUCAAUCACAAUCAACAUCUCCAGUGAUGCGAGCGAUGGAUUCGAUGCCUCCUCCACAGAUGAUUCCUCAAGCUAUGGCCAUGCCAGAAGAGAUGAACCAAAUGGCAGCUUACCAACAAAUGACAAUGCAACAACCACCAAUGCAACCACAGCAACAUCACCAUCAACAACAAAUGCACCAAGUCAAGAGAGAGCCUGAUUUCAACCGCGUUCAAUACAACCAAAACGGUGUCCCAAUCGGGCAAACACAUCAGCGACAUGCCUCUAUGCCUGCAUACGGAUUAGAGUACUCCCCCGCGCCCUCAUUCGUUUCAUCACAUUAUGAAGAUUACAGCGCUCGUGGUAUUUCAUUUGAACCAAUUACCCCACCUCAACAGGCCCUUGGAAUGGGAGCUGAACCGGCUUAUAUUGCAAACGAGGAAACUGGUCUCUACACAGCAAUUCCGGAUCAUAUGGGUGGUGUCAAUGGCCUGCAUUCUAUGAUGCAGCUACCCCCAUCAAACUUGUCUGGUCCACAAUUUUCACAUGCAACCAGAGGUUACGGAGCAAACAAUGUUUACUCAGUGAUUGAGGGUUCGCCAACGUACAAGCAAAGAAGACGCCGCUCGUCAAUUCCUCCAGGAGUUGCAUCAAUCGUUGCUGCUGCCGCCGCAGCUGGCCAACAUUCCCACCAAGCACACAGGCCAUCAGAUCUACGAAGAUCAGUCUCGCACUCUGUUGGACCAGUAGCUGAAGGUGACGAGUCGGGCGAGAAUUCUCCGCCUGGACUUACGUACAGUAACCAAAUCCCCCAUCAGAUGGCGCACCACAAAGAAAUAGUUGAUUUCUCCAGACACGGAACUCCCCUUUCCACUGUCGAGGAUUCUCCACACAUGAAUCCAAUGUCCUUGCAACAAUCGGACUUCCAGUUAAACAAUGACGAUCUUGCAGGCGAUAGUCCACUUGAUCAUUCUCCUCAACGAAGACACAUGCAAGGACCAGGUGGAGUAGUGCGAAGAGCACGAAGCGCCACGAUGAUGGAACUUGGUCCCUAUCCCCAAAAGUCACACUCAUGCCCAAUCCCCACUUGCGGUCGUCUGUUCAAGCGUUUAGAGCAUCUUAAACGACAUGUGAGAACCCAUACACAAGAAAGACCCUACAUCUGCCCACACUGCAGCAAAGCAUUCUCCCGCUCAGACAACCUAGCACAACAUCGUCGUACACACGAUCGUGGUGAUGGAUCUGAAGGUGCCUAUGGCAACUACAGCGGUGAAGAAGAAGACUUCGAGGGUGAAGAUCACCUUGGACCUCUCGAAGACGCUUCUCCCAAUUCCGAAAAUGGUUAUCUCCCACAAAGCAUGACGUCGAAUUUCAAUGGCAUGCCUAUGUCAAUGGGAAUGAUGAAUCCUGGUAUGGCUGCCCCCAGUCAGCUCAUCAAUACACAUCAACUCAUGCAGCAACCGAUAUAGAGUUCGCGCCGAACUCCCCGUCGUUUGAAUAAUGCAGGUUUCUCAGCAUCAUUUUUGAUCACCACUAAGUCGACUAUGACACCUUCUACUUCCCCUCUUUGUAUAUGAUCUUUUUAGUAGUCUUUUUCUCUAUUUUGUUUUCGUUGCAUAGCUUUGCGAGUCCUGCCGUGUGCUACACGUUUUCAUUGGCUCUCCAAAGCUUUCAUAUUUUUACCUCUAUUUCCUUUUAGUUUUUAUUUGAUACGGCUUUUCUAUAGGCGCUACGGCCUGUCGUGUUGGUUGCAGCUGCUUGGGAUUAUUUUGAUGAUCAUGAUGGAUUUCUUUAUGAAGCUCUCAAAGCCCUCAACACUUUUUGUGGGCUGUUCGGAUAAUUGGGAAAAAUGGGGUGUCUACAAAGGAAGGAACAGAAAUUUCCGGGAAUGGGUAGAGUGGGCAGGCAAUGGCAGAGUGGACAUCUUGUGUAUUUUGCCUUGCCUUGUCUUGUCACUGGCUGAUGGACUAUCGUGCUCUCUGCCAUGAGGUAGAUGGAGCGCGUAGGCCAGGGCUACUUUUGUAUGCAAUGCGAUUUCUUUUUAUGGGGUCUCGCUGGGUUGGUAGUUGGAGUGGCAGUUUACGUGUUACAAACUGAGAGGAGGGGGAACAUCAUAAGGGUGAAGAUGAGGAAGGAAAUAGAGAUGAACCUCCUGUGUAUAAUCAAAAAUGUUUUUGUAUGUUCGGUCAUUUUGGUCUUGGGGAGGGGGGUUUAUGGUGUUAAUCGAUUGAUAUGAGAUCGAUGAGUGGAGUUGAUAUGAAGUGAACAUGAGAUGCGAUGAAGAGAAUCAUAGACUAUGUUAUACCCAAUUUUUA